AUAUAUAAAAUCAAGUAAAGGAAUAAUAAAUAACCAAAUGAUACAAAUUACAAAUCUAGGAAAAAAUAAGGAGAAAAGGACUCUCUCCGGUCAGACAAAUAAAUACAAGAUUUAGUUUCUUUUCUCUGGAUGGAAAAAUUGUUAAAUAAUUAUACAAAUGAAUGAAUAAAUACACAACAACGAAAACCGAGAAAAAUGUGGACAAAGAAAUUCCGCAGGAAAAAGCGAAGCAACAACAAACAACUAAACAUACAACAAAUAUAAAAGAACCGCAAACUUGAUGCAAUCAACUUCUCUCCCCAAAAAAAAUAGAAAAAAAAAAUCUAACGCACUUCUAAGGGGUAAAACCCCUGUAAAGAAAAAUAAAUAAAUGAGUACAUAACAGCAAAAAAAAAAAACAAACGGGUGAAUAAAAAAAUUUUCAAUGAAAUGCAUUUUCCCAGGAAUAAAAAAAAAAAGGCACUUCAAGUAGAAAAACCCCUGUUAAGGGCGUGGUAUCAAUCGGGUUGGAUUUUCGUGCUCACGCCCCCUCGGGAAAUAUUGCGCACCCCCGUAGUUUCCCAGUGCACACAACUCCAGUCACUGAGGGGGAAGGUUUGUGGGUGGAGCCAACCAAUGACAUAGUGGUGGUAACCGACAACGAGUCAUCUGACAACGUGGCCUUGGAGCCGCGCCCCCCGAAUGGCUAACUAACGCUAGUCCUGGGGAAGAGAUAGCCACUCAGCCAGCAAGUCCCAAACCAUCCACCAAACUACCCCACUUUUGCGAACUAGCAUAACUACCGAAGGUGUUAACGGCUGGAUCUACCACCACCCCUCACCCCCCCAGUUACUUAGGGGGUUGCGGGGGGGGGGUUGGUGGUGGCAGAGCAGGAGGAGGGGAAGAGGUUUGGAAACGUGUCUAUACACUCGUCCAGCCUCCAACGACCAGUCACUACUGGAAAACCCUCUGACAUCAGCGACAAACUGGGGGUGGGUUUUCGUCUUUUAUCUUUCAUCCCCCCCCCUCCUGAGCAGACUUGGCCAACGGUUUGGACUUCUUCGAUGAUUUUAACGUGCCGGGGUGUCGGGAAGAUAUAGUCGGAAGUAGCUGGUGAGAAGACUGUUGCGAGGGAGUUGGUGAAAGUUAUGCGGAGGACACUGACAACCGGUUCCAUGGUCGACUUGUAGAGGGUACGGAGGAUGGGCACAGGUGACCGGCUACUGGAUAUUGCCUGCAACGUCUGCGAGGAUCGUAGUUCAGGGAAACAUUAUGGGAUUUACAGUUGCGAUGGUUGUUCGGGAUUUUUCAAACGGAGUAUCCACAGCAAUCGCGAGUACACUUGCAAGGCCCAGGGCCCAAUGAAAGGUCGCUGUCCCAUUGAUAAAACUCACAGGAAUCAGUGUCGAGCUUGCCGAUUAACCAAGUGUUUUCAAGCAGGAAUGAACAAGGACGCAGUGCAACACGAACGUGGCCCAAGGAAACCAAAGCCCCACCCAGACAAGCAUCACAGCUCCCAGCAGUCCUUAGUGACAACCCUCACCUCCCACCCUGGAUCACCAGUGCGCCAUGAGCCCAGAGUUGACAUCAACCCUCACCUGUUCCCACAUCACAGCCCAGUGGUGAAUUCCCUGUCGCCUCUGUCAACACCCCCAGGCCAUCACGAUCGCACCAGAAGAGACAGAACCGCUUCGCACUUGCUCUCCAUUCACAGGAGAUUGAGGUACGUGCCAUAUCCCCAACCCCCGUCAUUAAUGCAAAAACCACCGGAUGACGGGACUUCUCCCGUGUCGUUUCCCCUUCAACUACCGCCGCCCAAUCCCGGACUUUAUCAUUCAGCAUCUGUUGCACUUGGACAACAACCGCCCCUUCUACAGAUUCUCAUGUCUGCGGAGAAGUGUCAACCCGACGGCGAGGGUUCCCUGGACCAAACGGAGACCGAGGCGAGUGUCAGUCCGACGGGAACAUUACAGAAUUUCAGUCCUACCUGGGAAAUGCUUCAAGAAACAACCGCCAGACUUUUAUUCAUGGCAGUAAGAUGGGUGCGUUGUCUGGCACCUUUUCAAACUCUCUUCAAAGAAGACCGACUCGUCCUCCUCCAGCAGACCUGGACACAGUUAUUUCUACUGCAUCUGGCGCAGUGGUCGGUAUCCUGGGACAUUUCAGGACUCCUCGAUGACGAACAGGUGAGACGGAGGCUACCACCCGAGGAAGCUUCACUCCAGGAACUCCAUACCAUUCAAGAAAUAAUGUCCAGAUUUCGACAACUUUCACCUGAUGGGGGGGAGUGUGGGUGUAUGAAGGCUGUAGUACUCUUCAGACCAGAGACAAAGGGUCUAACCGACCCUAAGCCCGUCGAAAUGCUGCAAGACCAAGCCCAGUGUAUUCUCGGGGAUUACAUAAGAUCCCGUUAUCCCCGUCAGCCCGAGAGAUUUGGCCGUUUUCUCUUAUCAUUACCCAUGUUGCACGCGGUAAAGCCCACGACAGUGGAGCUUCUGUUUUUUCGUGAGACAAUUGGUGAUAUUCCUAUUGCGCGAUUACUCGGUGACAUGUAUAAGAUGGAGCAUCACUCAACAGACGAUUUCAAGGGAGACAUUGGAUUCAGCACGAUCAAUCAUCCUAAAGAUGGUGAUCUGAAAAAAUGAUUAAACAUAUUGAUAAACCCGUUAAUCCAAUUUUUUUCAUGAUUUUUGGGACAAAAUGAGAUAAUCAAAGAUGAGAGUUGGGAGAUCUAUUGAAUUAAUCAGCUAAUUUAUCAUAUUUUCUCUGUAAAUCUACAAUUCAUACACUAAAUUAUGGUAGUGAAGUCAUAUCAUUAAGCCCAGCAUAUCAAUGAUCGUACUGAAGGGAAAAAAAUUAAGGGUAUGCAUCUGAUAAUCUGCAGUGAGGGAAAAAUAUUAAUUUUUGAAAAUUCUAUAGCUCCAGUCCAGUCAUUCCCAGAUGAACCUAUUGACCUUCCGUUGUGGCAAUCGUUCUAAACAAUCAAUUGGCCCAGUUAAUUCCAUCCAUUUUGCAAAACAGAAUUGACGAAUAAUUUUUUUUCCAUCAGUGUGAACCCUCAUAUCCCUGUAAAGUAGCAAAGUUAUAUUUCGCUGUAAAUGAAAAUUGAAUGUGUAAAUGUCUUAACCACUACUCACUAUUCGUAAGUAAAUUAUAAAUACUGAUAAUUGCACAUAAACCCUUGUAAUUAAAACCAAAAACUAUGGGAUCUUAACUUGAGGCGUCUGUGAUAAUUUUCCCUGUUUUCCCAAUUACUUCUCAUUUCACGAAUAAUUUAUGUUGUGCACAUAAUUCGGUGUUGGUGAUAUUCAGAUAAUUAAUUCAUAAUUAAUGUUAAAAUAUUAUUACGAAAAUUGUAGAUUAAAUUGAUUCUCUGUAUAGUUGAAAACUGUUAGAAUAAAUGUCUAAGUGCUAAUACUUAAUACAAUUGUUAA